AUGCGCCAAACACACUCCUUCGACCGCAAGGUCGAGCACAUGAAGCCCAGUAAAAGGUAUGCUGUCCUGCCCCCGCCCACCUCGCCUGGUCUACAUGAUGUUGUACACACAAGUUGGGAAUCUCUCCUAGAAAAAGCUGCGGAGACAACGUUUACUUGUAUCUCUGAUAAAGACCAUGGUCCCGGGAUUGCGGAGUCGCGCCUCAUGUCGGGUCGGCAUCGCGCGGGAGACCAAGUAAUCCCCAUGAUGCUGGCGAAAUCGCAAUCCCGGAGAACCAUUCCGCCUUCGGACAACCUGACAGACACCACGAUGCAAUGGCUGACAUAUCUAUCAGUGACAUCAACUGGGUCAUAAUGGACUAUCUCGUCUCUGAAGGCUACCCAGGCGCCGCACAGAAAUUCGCACAGGAGACCAACAUCAGCAGUCAUUCGGAAGCCAUGGACAGCAUUCGAGAACGCGUUCAUAUCAGGAACGCCAUACACAGAGGAGACAUCGAGGAUGCAAUCGAGUUGAUCAAUGAGCUGGACCCUGAGGUAUGUCGUAACUCAACUUUUCUCCCUUCCUACCGUCGUCUACGCGAGUUGGAAGUGUUGCCUGAAGGCCCUCUCUUUGAUAGAGCCUCUCGGAGAGCACAUGACCAUUAGCGAGAUGACCCACGCCCUUUCAUGAUGAUUUUCAGUUUCAUGCACCACGCAUAUCCACCUCACGGGGUGUUGAUGAUAAACAACUACACUUCAGUCCUCAGUCUGACUUAGCAACUCUGUCGCACUCUUCUCAGCAGCUUCAAAGGAUGUUCAGCUGCUAAAUAUAUUUGCGAAGAUUCUCGAUGUCAACCAUUUACUCCAUUUCAGCAUCCUACAGCUCCAGCUCAUCGAGAUCAUUCGCACCAUCUCGAACAAACCUGGUGGAAGCCCUCAAUCUGGCGACUUCCGUCCUGCGCUCGAGUUUGCCACGAACCAGCUCUCACCUCGAGCCCCUACGGACUACAAGUACCAACAAGCGCUGGAACGCACAAUGGCACUAAUGAUCUAUCCGGCGGAUAAGAUGCCGACCGAGUUCAAGGAACUUUUGGAUUUGAAGCUUCGUGAGAAGGUCGCAAACAACGUAAACAAAGCGAUACUGGAGAGCAGAGGACAGCGCUCUGAGGCCAAGAUCCGUCAGCUGGUGCGAGCGAGGGCAUGGGCGGAGAUGCAGGCACGAGACGCAAAGGUGGACCUCCCUAGCCAGAUACCCAUCGGGCUGGAUGCUCCAGAUGAUGCAUCCCCCAGUAAUGAUGCCAUGAUAACGUGA